AUGUCCAAAGAUGCUUCGCUCGCCAAGAGAAAGUCGAGAAUAUUCCCAAAGUCACUCCAAGCUUUUGCCUGUUGUCUUUUGCUUGCUUUUGUGAUUGAUGUUCGUGGUUGGGUUAUAAUUCCCCAGUUGAUAUGCGAUGACAAGGUUGGAAUAGAAUUUCCCAAUGCUUUGAAACGACGACAGUUGAGAGCAGAUGACUCUAGUGCUACUAUUACUGUCUUUGUUUCUAAUGCCGACUCAUACAAUGCCAAAAAGUUGAAACAGGAUUUGAGGCGAUCGGCACUUGUUACCACGAUUGUGGACUUGGAUGCCAAUCCUCCCUCCUCUCUGCCAAACUUUGCAUUGCCUUACUGCAAAAAAGCUCAGUCUCGAUACAUGGAGCUCCAUACUACCUAUCCAUACUUGGCAGUAGAGUUGAUCAAAUAUUGUGCUCUUGCUCAAAAUGAUGGCGGUUUGAUCAUUGAUGCCGACAGUCCCAUAUUAACGACUUUGGAGGACUUGCUUGGUGAAGGAUUGCACAACAACGUUGCACUAUUGAACGACGAAUAUGCUCCCCAGGCGAUCCAUGGUGCCUUCCUCUAUCUCAAAGAUGGAACCAUCGCCAAACAAAUGGUCAAUCUUCUAACGAAAACAACGCUGGAAGAGUUGAAAGCGUCACAUAUUCUAUUGAUUACAAAAGGCUUAUACGACUCCAUUGCCGCAGAUACCAAGGUUUCCGCCUUGACUUCGGGAAUCAUGAGUAGCGAUUGGUAUCUAUUCCAACACAAGUGCACCAUCAAUCCUGUCAGAGGUGGACAAAUCGCAGACUCUGUUGUUUUAAGUUACAAUAUAUCGAAUAGCUACAGCUUGAACCAGAACUGUCCCGAAGGCAAUGGCUUUUGCUGCAGUAUCAUCGAUCCCAAAACAGAGUCAACUGUGAUGAUAACGAAACACUUGAUCUUUCCUCAUCAGACGCCACCCCAUUCAAAAAGUCUUGCAAAACCACUUCAUGCAGAGACUGGAAGCUACAAAGAAGAUGAUUUGCCGUAUAUCUCGACAAUCUCGGAGAAGCUAUUGCAACGACCACAGCAGACAUUGAUCACGCCCAACUUUUUCGACAUUCUAUUGCAGAACGAUUGCUUGCCAAACGACAAGAGGUGCAUGGAUUGUAUGAAGAAUAGAAUGGGAGGCAAUUGUCGAGCGUGUAAAUCCUUUUGUCAGUGCUAUUGCAAGGCUCUUUGCCGCACACCCAUUCCACAGAAGUUCAUUUCCAAAGAACUCAGCAUUCGACCACCACAGUAUGCCCGAGAUCCCUCCCGGCUCAUUCCCAAGAUCGUUCAUCAGACUUGGCUCGAGGAUGUCACACCCGAAGAUUAUCCUAACAUGAGCCGUCUCAUUGAAUCCUUCAAGCAAUCGGGAUGGACCUAUGUCUUCUACACUGACAGGGAUAUAGAGAACUUUUUGUCGACUCACUUUCCCCUCGAGGUGCGACAAGCUUAUGAUGCCUUGCGACCUGGUUCCUUUAAGGCUGACUUGUUUCGGUACUGCGUUCUUCUGAUUUAUGGUGGUGUUUACGCUGACAUGGACAUUCUGUUGGAGACGAACUUGGAUUUGGCCAUCGAAUCUGAUAUUGGCUUUAUGGUUCCAGAAGACGAGCCCGCUGAUUCUGUUGGUCAACAUAAGAUGUGUCUUUGGAAUGGUUUAAUUGCAUCGGCUCCUGGCCACCUGUUCAUGGCAAAAGCGAUUGAGUCUGUAGUCAACAAUGUCCGAAAUCGAUUUACAAUCGUGGAUAUCGAUGCUACGUUUUGUCCGAAACCCGAACUGUCCAUUCUUAGGGAAGUUGAUACUCUCUUUCUAACAGGGCCAUGCCUCCUGGGAGCAAUGGUAAACAAGGUCCUAGGACGCCAUGGCCAAGCAAGUUUCAAGGCUGGUGAACUCGAUUUAUUGGAGGUUAGGAAGGAAAUAUCAUUGGCAAAGAAACAAAAUGUUGGAGUGCAAAAGAUAGAUAGCCAGCGGUUUCCAGGCCGAACCAUUAUUUUAGACCAAGGGAAGCGGGAUAUGGGUGCACAUAGAUUUACGUUCUUGGAAAAGAAUUUAGUGGUGGCUGCGACAGAUUUGCCGGGUUCGGACGAUAGAGGGGGCCAAAAGAAACCAGCCAAGCACUAUAGCAACACUCACGUCGAUAUAGGUAUCUACGGUCUUGAACGCUUGUACACAGAUAACGUGAGAGCCAACGAAGAGAUUCGGUUUGCUGUCGAAUCAUAG